AUGUUGCGACCGAGGUCCCCGACCUGCAGGAGGAGUUGCCCCCGGGCGUCAGACCAGCGGGCUCGCCGUGCGACCUCGAGUUCUGCGAGAACGCAGCUCCAAGCGUCCACGAGGUGGGCCUGGAGGACCUGUUCAGGGGAAUCGUGGAGGCGGUGGUGCGCUGGGAGGAGAUCCAAAACGCUCAUCGGCCGUGCGCGAAACGUGGUCAUCCCCUUGUUAACCCUGGUCACCACCAUGCUGCCGUGCCUGGGGCGCGUCAUGAGCGGCCAGCCCUUCUGGGGGGGCGACUGGCAGACCACCCUGCAGAUCGUGUUUUUCCUUCCGCCCAUGCUGUUCUACGCGGUCCCCUGCUCGGGCUUCGUCUUCGUCGGCGUCCGCGAUAUGGACGGGAGGCGCCUCAUCAUCAUCAAGUCGGUCACGGCGCUCUUGUCCACGCGAUCCUGCGACCGCAAGAUGCAGCCGAGUUUGCCCCCAGAGGUCCGCGCCCUGGGCGUGCUGGAUCUGAAGGACCCCGCGCCGUUGGCCCUCCCUGGGGCCGCCGGAGACCUUCGCGCGUUGACCAUGAGACCGCACACUAUCUGCAGCGAGUACAUCCUGUGA